AUGGCAGUGACUUUCAAAACAAUGCUAGGUCGGGUCAAGGAUGUUUGCAAAAGGAAUGGUUUACUCGUUCUCUCAGUGUUAUCUGUCAUAGUGGGAUGUCUUCUUGGAUUCUUUCUGAGGACAAGGCGCCUUUCUCAGCAGGAAAUUAGUUAUUUCCAAUUUCCUGGAGAAUUAUUGAUGAGAAUGUUGAAAAUGUUGAUUCUGCCUCUGGUUGUUUCAAGCCUGAUGUCAGGACUAGCAGCUCUGGAUGCUAAAACGUCUAGUCGAUUAGGCAUCAUUACAAUCACUUACUAUCUGUGGACUACAUUUGUGGCUGUAAUUGUGGGAAUCAUUAUGGUCUCUAUUAUCCAUCCUGGUGGAGCAGCCCAGAAGGAAGUUACUGAAGAAGGUGCGAAGCCAAUAAUGAGUUCUGCAGAUGCAUUGCUGGACCUAAUUCGGAACAUGUUUCCUGCAAACCUUGUGGAAGCCACUUUUAAACAGUAUCGAACCAAAAACAUUCCAAUUGUCAAAGUGAGCAAAGCAGCAUCUGAAAGUAUUACUCGCCGAAUUAUAAUCUACGGGGUGCAAGAUGAAAAUGGAUCCAACAUCCAGAAUUUUGCUUUGGAUAUUACACCACCACCAGAAGUGACUUAUAAGUCAGAGCCAGGCACUAGUGAAGGCAUGAAUGUGUUGGGAAUUGUAAUAUUCUCUGCUACCAUGGGUAUAAUGCUGGGCAGAAUGGGUACCAGUGGAGUUCCCUUGGUCAGUUUUUGCCAGUGUUUAAACGAAUCAGUCAUGAAGAUAGUGGCUGUGACUGUAUGGUAUUUUCCAUUUGGAAUAGUAUUUCUUAUUGCUGGUAAGAUUUUGGAAAUGGAUGAUCCCUCAGCCAUCGGGAAGAAACUAGGUUUUUAUGCUGUUACUGUACUUUGUGGACUAGUUGUUCAUGGACUUGUUAUUCUGCCAAUGAUGUAUUUCUUCAUCACCAAGAAGAACCCCAUUGUCUUUAUCAGAGGCAUUCUUCAAGCACUGCUUAUUGCCCUGGCCACAUCAUCCAGUUCAGCCACUUUGCCUAUAACUUUCAAGUGCUUAUUAGAGAAUAAUCAUGUGGACCGGAGGGUUGCUAGGUUUGUGCUCCCAGUAGGGGCUACAAUCAACAUGGAUGGAACAGCUCUAUAUGAAGCAGUUGCAGCUAUUUUCAUUGCCCAAGUAAACAACUAUGAACUGGAUUUUGGACAGAUCAUCACCAUAAGCAUUACGGCAACAGCUGCCAGCAUAGGAGCUGCUGGAAUCCCACAGGCUGGCCUUGUGACCAUGGUCAUUGUUUUAACAUCAGUGGGGCUGCCUACAGAUGACAUCACGCUAAUAAUUGCAGUUGAUUGGGCUCUAGACAGAUUUCGGACAAUGAUCAAUGUCCUGGGUGAUGCUCUUGCUGCUGGAAUAAUGGCACAUAUUUGCAGAAAAGAAUUCACCACAGACAGAUCUGAGGUGCCUUUGAUUGGAGAAACAAAACCCAUUAGUAUCCACAAAAUUAUUGCUUACCAGAAGAAUGGCUGUGUGAAGUCCAUGAAUAAAAUGCGUGGACCCGAACCAGUCAAAACAACACUGCAUCACUUACCUAUUCAAGUGGAACAAGAAGAGAAUCACUCAGAAUGUUACACAGAGAAAUCCAACAAUAAAGACCACUGUACUAUUGAAAUUAAUGAAUUGGAAACAAAUGUGUAA